UUUCUUUGGAAAGAGAGUUCACACAAAAGACAAAACACUAUUCCGAAUACUAGAAUGUCGUUUUCUCGGUACUUGCUAACCUCACAAUAACAAUAACGAGUAUAUAUAUGUUUAUUUAUAUUUUGUGUAGUUCUAUUAUUAAAAAGUGUAUUACCAUCGUAAUUAUAUGUAAAGUCUACUUCAGCUAAUUAAUUUAGUUCAUAAAACAAAUUCGGCCAUCAAAAAAUUUGUGUGGUUAAGACUUUCUAUUAACCAAAAUAAAUAAUUAAUAAGAAUUUUCGUACUUAACACAAAUAGCGAAUAUAAUUUUUUUUUUUAUGUGAUUCAUAUCAUAGUUUAUUAUCGUCUAUAAUAAUGAAAUUUACUAAAUAAGCUAAAGAUUUAAUUGUCGCUAAGUGAAAAAAAUUAAAAUGUUAUCUGAAGUUGACGUCUUCAUUAGCAACUAUACACUCGUGGAUCCUGAAGUUUAUCAACUUUGGGUUGAUGGCUACUCAUCCACUGAUGCUGUCAAUCUUCUAAACCAACGGGGCAUAUGUCAACAAAUAAACGCUUCGAUGGAUCUUAUCGCAUCUGAUAUAUUAGAUCAUUACCGAACUUAUUCACUACUUGAAAGAUUGAUCCAUACGCCAACAAAAUUAGCCAGUGAACAACUGGCAUUCCAAAUCGAACCACAAACUAGUCAAAUGUUGAUAGAAAUGUAUUAUGAAUUUGAUGACUCUGUGGUACGUGAAAUAUUGGGUAAAAAACUAACUUCUAAAAGUAGAAAAGAUUUAGAUGAAGUUGCUGAAAAAACAGGAAUUACGUUAAAAAGUUGUCGAAGGCAAUAUGACAAUGUGAAAAGAAUUUUCAAAGUUGUGGAAGAUUUGCCUGGUUCUCUAGUCACUAAUAUAAAACAACAUUUUUUGCUUCCUGAUGAUUUGGCUAAACGAUAUGCAGCCGUAGUAUUUAUAGCCUGUUUAAGAUUUGAAAUGAGCAAACGGAAACUACAAUUCUUAACAUUCUCUGAUUUUUAUCAUUGUGCAAAUGUCAUGAUGUCGUCGUGGACUUACCGUUACACAGGUUCAGAAUAUUUUGAUACAGAUUUAGACAGAGAGUUUCUCGUUGAACUGUCAGAAUGCCGAAUUUUGUUGGAAAAUGAUAAACACCACAAAUAUUUGGUAUGUAUGAAAUUGAAGCCAACACUUUUGGAACGGAUGUUUCAAGAACUGGACUUGAAUUUUCGUUCUUACUCCCGAGCGCUAUUGGGAAUCGGCUGUAAUUUACAUCGUUCAAGAGAACUAAGAUUUUUUUUUCUCGAAUUAGUUGAGCGAUGCAUUGAACCAUGGCGACAAGUUAAUUGGUCGCAUACAGACUUGAAGAAUUUUUUGAAUGCCUACACCCAAUGUGCACUUGAUAUGGAUGUUUUGAGGGAAGGAACUUUAAGGGAUGCAUUUGAGCGAUACAUGAAAGUUGUUACGAGUUGUUUAUUACGAAUGUAUCACACAUGACGACUAAUAUACGUCUGUAAUAUAGACGUAAUUACUGUACAUCAAGAGGAUGAAGAAAAAGAAGAUGAAGAAAGUCGAUAAAUAGUUUA